UAUUAUUCACCGAUGGCGAACGUAAGAAGUUAAAAAAAGUUGUAGCCCGCCGAGUUGAAAUACAAAAUUUUAUUUGCCUUUUUGUAAUUUAAAAAAAAGUACUGCUUUUAUUUAAAAUAUAAAAAUCUUUUGUUAAAGAGCAAAAAUAAAUAUUUAAAAUAUUGCCGAGUUAGAAGAACCUGCUUUAAAUACCUUCAAAGUUAAAUCUGAAAGUUUAGGUCAAGGAAAUUUCCAUUGUACAGAAAAGUAUAAAAAAAUCUAUAACAGAACAUUAAUAUCACCGUCAGAAAUUAACAAAAUGAGUUCAAUAGAAGAAGCAGCUGCUGCAGUGUCUUCACCAGUUACAACACCAACUGAUGAACCAGAAACGAAUCCAAGAGAACUAGAAAAAAUUGAGGAAGAAAAAUUAAAGUCAAAAUAUCCAAUUGGGUUACGUGGUCCUGGCGGUCACUCUGCCUUUUUACAAAAGAGAUUGCAAAAAGGACAAAAAUAUUUUGAUUCUGGUGAUUAUCAAAUGGCUAAACAAAAGGGUGGGGGUAUAAAACAAGUAUUUGCUAAUAAAGUGCCAACAGGAGAAGCAAUACCAACACCUGAAACUGUGCCGAUUCGGAAAACAUCAAUAAUUCAACAACCUUGUAAUAAAUUUCAGACUCCAAGUUAAUUAUAUCGAAAAAAAAUAUAUGAACUAUGAAUUGUUUCUAAAAAACACUAAUUACUAUAAGAAUAUGAAGAAAAAUUCAAUUUAUAAUUUUUUUAGACAACAAUUUGAAGGUUUAAUGUCUUUUUUUUAGUAAAAGAAAAAAGGAUACAAAAUAAGUGUUUAUUAAGUAUUUCAUAAAAAAUGUUUAACUAUUUCAUAAUUUUUGUUUAAAUACAUUAAAAAUCAUGAUAUUUAAUAUAACUUUUGCAAAGAAUAUUCAUAAAAAUUUUUAAUUUUUUUAACAUUCAA